AUGGCCAGCUUCCACGCAGAAUCACUGCUGGCACUUUUGAGCAAGCCUCCACUUCUUGUGACGACUGUGGCACUGCUGGCAUACGUUUUCAUUGCAUAUCUGCAAUGUAGAAGAGGGCGCCUGCCACCCGGCCCACCUGGUCUCCCACUUGUCGGACAUCUGCUGUCGCUUGAUCGUCGAUUUUACUUUCGGGACUGUGUACAUUGGGCGAAGAAGUACGGCUCGGUAGUCAGGAUAAAGAUGGGUGCCACGAACAUCAUUGUAUUGACUGAUCAGGCAUCCAUUGAGAAAUACCUAUGCAAGAAGGAAGUACUGAACCGCCCUUCUCAAUGGACGGCUCAAAACAAGACAACGGGGUUCGGGAGUAUAAGUGGCGACCACUGGCACAAGAACAGACGAGUGUGCACCAAGAUAUUGGCCGACCUUGGCUUUGGAAAGGAAUCGAUGCAUUCCCAUAUACAGGGAAAAGCCUAA